ACGUCUUGUAUUUGUCUAUAAAUUCAGAUGGCUUCGCGGGCCAAGUGUUUGUCAUGCCACAGGCUAGUAGCGAUCACCUGUGAACUCUGCGCGUUUACGGUGGUAUCAACAUAACACAAUAAAUUAUUAGUUACGUUAUUAAAUAAAAAAUUGUUGUUAGAAAAAUGAUUGCCAUUCAUAAUCACACCACAGAAGAAGAGGACUAUGCAAUAGAUUGGGCCUUACCGUUAGCAUUUGUUAAAAAGCGUCACAUAGAGUCAAUUGAAGGAGGGAGCGAAAUAACUCAAACAUGGAGAAUGAAAGAAAGGAUGAAAACAGUGAGUGUGGCUCUUGUGCUUUGCCUUAAUGUGGGUGUCGAUCCACCGGACGUAGUAAAGACACAACCAUGUGCCCGUCUUGAAUGCUGGAUAGAUCCUCUGUCAAUGAGCCCACAGAAGGCCCUGGAAACUAUUGGGUCAAAUCUUCAGAAACAGUAUGAGCGCUGGCAACCUCGAGCACGGUACAAGCAGAGCCUCGAUCCUACUGCAGAAGAAGUGAAAAAGCUGUGUACCUCACUACGUCGAAAUGCAAAAGAGGAGCGUGUUCUCUUCCAUUACAAUGGACAUGGAGUGCCCAAACCUACCUCAAAUGGAGAAAUCUGGGUUUUCAAUCGGACCUAUACUCAGUACAUUCCUCUGUCAGUUUAUGAUCUUCAGACAUGGAUGGGAGCACCAUCUAUUUACAUCUAUGAUUGCUCAAAUGCAGGAAUCAUAGUUGACUCGUUUAAACAGUUUGCUGAUCAGCAUGAAAAGGAAUACAAGGUUGCUGCACAAAGCCAUGGAACAGUGAACACUCCUCCAUCAUUCAAAAACUGCAUUCAGUUGGCAGCAUGCAGUGCAAAUCAGAUAUUGCCAAUGAAUCCAGAUCUGCCAGCUGAUGUCUUCACAUCUUGCCUCACAACUCCUAUUAAAAUUGCUCUUCGAUGGUUUGUCAUACAAAACUCUUCUAAAUUAGUGUCAAAACUUUCCUUGGAUAUAAUUGACAAAAUUCCAGGCCAGCUGAAUGAUCGCAGAACCAUGCUUGGAGAGUUAAACUGGAUCUUCACAGCUAUUACUGACACAAUUGCAUGGAAUACAUUACCACGAGAUGUGUUUCAAAAACUGUUUCGGCAAGAUCUCCUAGUCGCUAGCUUGUUUAGAAAUUUUUUGCUAGCAGAAAGAAUUAUGCGUUCUUAUGACUGCACUCCUGUAUCAUCUCCAAAGUUACCUCCAACUUAUCAGCAUCCUAUGUGGCAAGCGUGGGAUAUGGCCCUAGACUUGUGCCUUUCACAGUUGCCUGCCAUAAUGGAAAAUGAAGAGCAGUUUGUUCAUUCACCAUUCUUUGAAGAACAGUUGACAGCUUUUGAAGUGUGGCUUGGACUCGGUUCAGACAGACGAAGUCCACCAGAACAGCUUCCAAUUGUACUACAGGUGCUGUUAAGCCAAGUUCAUCGAUUGCGUGCAUUGGAACUUCUGGGUCGUUUUCUAGAUCUUGGACCAUGGGCUGUUAACUUAGCUCUGUCUGUUGGAAUUUUUCCUUAUGUACUGAAACUUCUUCAGAGUUCAGCACGAGAGUUACGUCCACUUUUGGUGUUCAUAUGGGCAAAAAUACUAGCUGUUGACGGCUCAUGCCAAGCUGAUCUGGUACGAGACAAUGGUCACAAGUAUUUCCUUUCUGUUCUGCAGGACACAUCUAUCCCUGGUGAAGAUCGCACUCUUGCUGCAUUUGUUCUUGCAAGCAUGGUGAAAGACUACCCCCCUGGCCAGGAGGCUGCUCUUCAGGGCAGUCUGGUGUCCAUAUGCCUGGAGCAGCUUGGAGAUGCCAGUGCCUUGCUACGACAGUGGCUUGCAAUCUGUUUGGGACGCCUGUGGCACAAAUAUGAGAAAGCAAGAUGGUGUGGAGUGCGUGACAUUGCUCCUGAAAAACUGAACACACUUCUGCAGGAUCCUGUACCUGAGGUUAGAGCAGCAGCUGUGUAUGCAUUGGGAACUUUCAUCAACUCUGUCACCGAAAGAAGUGAGCAUGCCAACAAUAUCGAUCACACCAUUGCCAUGACACUACUUAAUACUGUAUCAUAUGAUAUGAGUCCUCUUGUUCGCAAGGAGCUGGUUGUAGCACUGCAAUGGAUUGUCCUCAUCUUUGAAAAUUCCUUCCUCUCAGUAUGUCUACAAGAAGAGAGCAGGCGAGGGGAGAGUACACUGAGUCCACAAACUGCAAAUGUGCCAGAUCUGAGCAUGUCUCCUAUUAUGGGUAUGAGACGUAUAGCUUCACGAGACAGGCUCAAGACUGUCACUCCAGUGACAGUACUUAGCACCGAUGGUGCUGUCUCACCAGCUGCUGUUGCCUCCUCUGACUUCAUACAUACAGAAAGAAUCAAACGGGUUUCAUCCUCAUCCUCUAUAUGUAGUCUUGGCCAUGGCAACCUGAGCAAUUUGCCAACUCUCUCCUUUGGCAGUAUCUAUAUGAAACUAUGGCAUGGUCUUACUGCACUGGACCAUGAUCCUCAUCCUGGUGUUAGCCACCUGUCACACAUGGUUACAUCACACAUAAGAGAUCAGAUAAAAGAUUCAACUGCCACUAAAGAUGUUGGUGAGAUGAGAAUGACACCAUCUCUUUCUCUGCCACCAUCUCCAUCCAGUCGUUCAUCAUUCUUAGCUGGAGAAUCUCCACCUACAUCAACAGCAUCAACUACGUCAACUAUUGAACUUCAUAAAUUUUCUAGUUCAAGAACACAUACACCUCGACCUCGGAGGGUAUUGCAUAACACAAUAUCAGAAGAAGCAGAUGACAACGCAAGGGGUCGCAGGCCAUUAGUAAAAACCCAAUUUGUAGAAUGGAGUUCCAAGUACUUUGCACAGUCUGCAACACAUGGCCAAGAUGAUAAUGAUGUAGAAAGUGAUUUACACUACGAGCGAGAAUGGAGGUAUCAACGCAAUCACCUGCUACGCAUUGAAGCACGUGAUGAACAACGCAGGAUUUUAAGCAGCAAACUUGAGUCGCAGGUGUUCAAUGCUCGUAAUCCUAAUGCUCCUUCAGUCAUUGCUUUUCAUCCAUAUGAUACACACAUUGCUGUUGCAGGAAAAGACUCAUUUGGAAUUUGGGACUGGGUGACUGGAGUCAAACAAAGCUACUGUUAUAAUCGUGCUUCAAAGCAGUCUCGCAUCACAUCUUUGGAUUUUGUAAAUGGCCAUGACGUUUCUUUGCUGCUUGUUGGCUCAGAUGAUGGCACUGUACGUUUAUGGGGAAACUACACACUAACCAAGGGCAAGGAGCCAGUUCUGGUGACUGCAUGGCAUGCCCUCUCCGACAUUCAGAAUCCUCGCCAAAAUAGUGGGGCUGGACUGGUGACACACUGGGAACAAAAAUCACAACAAUUAGUUGUGACCGGUGAUGCCCGUGUCAUCAGGCUGUGGGAUGCAGAAAGUGAACUGAAGGUGCAAGACAUUCCUACAGGUGCUGAUUGCUGUAUCACAAGUAUUUCAAGCGAUGAUAUGGAACCAGCACUUAUUGCUGCAGGCUGUGGUGAUGGUUCUGUGCGUUUAUUUGAUCGAAGAAAAAGUUCUCAGGAGGCCAGAAUCAUGACUUGGCGUGAACACGCAACAUGGGUGGUUAAUGUACAACUUCGCAAUCACAACAAAAUCGUCAGUGGAUGUGUUUCAGGUGAUGUACGAUUCUUUGACAUAAGGAAAAAUUCAGCUGUUGCUGUGCGACAAACAACACAUGGAGUAACAGCAAUGGCAAUUCACAGAGUAGCUGACACGUUUGCCUGUGGCUCCAUGAACCAGUUUAUCAAUGUAUAUGGAAUGGAUGGAAAUGCUCUUAACACAAUCAAAUAUCAUGAAGGCUUUAUGGGUCCACGUAUUGGUGCUGUUAGCUGCCUUGCAUUUCACCCAUAUAGAGUUUGUUUGGCUGCUGGCUGUGUGGACACUUCAAUUAGUGUGUAUUCCAUUGAUCCAAAGAGAUGACUUGCUUCAAAUUUUCAGACUGCACAUGUUUUCUCCUGUACUGUGAUGGUACUAAAUGUGAAACUCCAAAAUAUGUACAAGUAUAAUGGCGCUGUCACAUUCUAUUUGUUUUUAUUAUAGUUCAUAGAUUUUCAGGCCAGUUGAUUUGAGAACUAUGUAACAUACUGAACGAGAUCAUACAUGAUAGUCAAAUGUAGAAAAUGAUGCUCCAAGUAAUUUUACCAUGUACAGUAAAAAGUGUGCAAAUAUUUCUCAGGAAUGAUAAAAAUUAAUGAUGAUUGCUUGUGCAGGUAUUCUAGCAGGAAAACGGGUAUACACAGUAGGUAAUCUUGAAGUUCCAUUCCGUGAAACCACACAAAAUGUUUUUUUCUAGUUAUACUGAACACAUUUUUGACUGUUAAAGCAUUUCAUUAGUCAGAUGCUUUAUAGAGCAUAAGAAAUGUGUAGUUUUAUUAUAGAACUGUACUUACACAAGCCAUAAACCCCUACUAACCCCUGCCCCCCCCCCUCCCCUACAUCGACACACACAAGCAGACACACCGUAUAAAAAGCUGUAGAGUGGUUACAGAAAAUACAUCAACUGUUCCAUCUCAUGCUUUUAUUGGAUUAUAGCAUAAUGCUUUGUAUGAAAUGCAGAUGUGAUGUGCAAUAUUAUUUGUUACAACAGCAGACAAAUUAUGCAAAAUAGAUGAUAAAGUACUUAAUAUUGCAGCAAGGAGCUUUGUGCUAACAGCAGUAGAAACCAUGGACAAAAAAGUAACUAUACAAACUAGUCUUAGAGCAUAUUACAAUCAUUCAUAUGUUUCAGCACUGAAUUCAGCCAUUAAAUGUACAAAUUUUCUUGAUGGAAGUUUUACCAGUUGCAGAUGUAUUAAAUAAUCAAAGAUGACAUUUACUACAUGUACAUUUAUUUGUGUAUAAAUUACGUUAUUCAGAUUCAGAAAGUGAUAAUUCCUAAAUGUAAUUUUCCUCUUCUGAUGAUGUUAUUACUAACACAAUUAACUUUCCCAUUGUUGUUUCCCCUCAGAAAUUGUUGUUGUGUAGUGCUUAAUUGUCAAGUACUGCUGAAUGACUGUAUGUUCACAGUAACAGACAAAGUCCAAAGCACCAGACUUACUUGUAAUAAUGCAACAUAAUUUAUGUAGACCAUGUGCACUAUUGUAUAGCCACUUGUUAAACAAUGCACAAAUCAAUCCUAUUUUCACUGUAUCAUAUAAUUUUAGUUACCAUAGAUAACUACAGGAAAAGCUACUUGCAAUUGCCUGAUACAUUAACGUAGAAAGUGAAUUAUGACUUACAUAACACCCUAAAAUUUUUCUACACUGAAUGUUUCAAUUGUUAUUGUUGGCUUUUUAAAAUAAUUUUAUUCCUAGUUUUGUAACACAGUCCAGUGUGCGAUGUGACAACUGGAGUUGACCUGUAGUAAUAUGAAAGUACACAGUCUCCAUAGUGUAUUUUUGAUUAUUCUGUUAUUUUCUUUUAAGUCAAGAUAGAAAUAUAAAAUCUACAUUCAUGGAAAAAAGUUCAAAUAUCAUAAUUAUGUGUAAAAAGUAGAAUUGGAAGAUUGGGUGUUGUACCUGCAUAAGAUAAUCCCUCUCUUUUUUUAUAAUUUUUUCUUUUUUUUAAGAACUUGUGAGUAAGCCAUAUUAUCAUCAUGUUUUUUGACACAGAAAUUUAUUCACUGUUGACAAUCCCCCCCUCCCCACUUAAGUGUAAUAAUGGUGAAAAGUUCAGAAGGAACUAGAAAAAUAUAUUGCUCAUUACUACUUAGUCUUCCUUGUGUACUGUUACUGAUGUGUAAGUACUCUGCAGAAUUAUUUGCCACGGCCAUCUUAAACAAACCAUUCUCACUUGUGAAAUUUAAAUUCAUUUAUCUGAAUUCUGUCACUUCUAAUAACAAUGCUGCUUCCAAACUUAAUAUGUGAAUUUCCUGCAUUGCGCAAGUAAUGAACAAAUCAUUUUUGAAGUAAAUUUAUUCUCAUUCAUGUACCCACAAAAGUUUGCCCCAUAAAAGCUGCAUUUUUUUCUUUGUAAAAGAAAACCAUACUUUAGAAACAGAAUCCCUUCAUUUCACCUUCUCUAUUUUCAAAAAUAUCUAUCUUUAGACAUCCUUGUUCCAAUUACAGAAAAAUAGUUUCCAUCACAACAUUUUUUUAAAUUUUUUUUAUUUAUGUUGCAUAUAAUACAGAAGAUGGAAUCAACACACUAUCUCGGUAUUUGCUGUGCUACGCGAUUACUACUUGCUUUCUGAAAACUAAGUUCGCAACUGUUUACAAAUUAUUUUAGGUUUCUUUCACUUUACAGUGAAACUAUCAAGAGUCCACAGGGCCAGAGUCAUAGUUCCUAGAUUUUAAUUCUAGGUCAUUUAUUUGCCUUAUGCAGGUACAAGGUACUGGUGUGUGUCACCUCAGAUUCCAUAAUCAAUAUAUUUGUAACUUGUUAAGAUAAUUUUUCUGUCAUCACUGUUUUUGAAAUUUUAAAACAAGUUUAUUAUGUGCAAACAAGUGUUUACCUUCAAUCAUGAUCCUGUGAUAAUUACAGUUAGAACUGUGAUACUUAGUACUACUUCAGAUAAGGACACAAUUUUCAUUUGCAGUAAACAAACAAAAUCUUUUGCCUGCAAGUAUGAUAAGCAAUUUAAGAUAUUUUUUGUUUGUGUAAUGUAGAAAUGUGGAUACAAGUUUGAAGUUGUUAAGAAAAUACAUUAAAUGGCUGAUGAAACAUCAGGAAUCUGUGAUAAAAACCCAUGUUACUAAUACAAAGUACUUAUUUUUCUUAGACUAAUUUAAAACAUUUCUCUUUGGAUAUAACAAUGUAUCUUAUCUGCCUUAGCUCAUGGAUCAUUUUCUUCUUUUUUCAAAAUAUAUUUUAUUCAGAUAUUAUCUCAAUGACAGUUACAUUUACAAUGUGUCAAAUGUAAUAUGUAAUGUAAAUACACAAAUGACAAAAUUAUAAGGUUUUGCACUUCAUACAAAAAAAAUUUAUUUUUUUAUUAAUGUCUACUUCCAUUCCUCGUCAACCUUCAGGUGUGCUGAUGCGUCACCAUGUAAAAUAAUUGAUGUUUGUCCCUAAGGACAGCCAUUGCAACAUGGCCAAAAUGCCUGUUAUUUUUGUAUUUUACUUGAUGACAAUUACAGCUCUUUAUUCUAUUAUUUCCAUUUUAUAGCGCAAUCGGGCCAUGUUGGCGAAACUGAAUGUAAGCCAUACUGUUUGCACCUGUUUUGUUAUACCUGUAAAUUAUUUUAUACUUUCGAUGUAUACUCUUCUGUUAUUUCUGUGUCAUUCUAGCAAGAGACAAAUCUUAUUGGAAACAUCUCUUACUGUGUAUAUAUCACAUUUUAUAUUUUCUUCUUUAAGUUGCAUUGAAACAUCUACCAGACUCUGGCAAUAUCUACAAAAGCUUUAGUAGUUCUUGCACAUAAAAACAGACUAUCAAUUGGUGACAAAGAAAUUUUUACAUUACAAAGGCAGUGAGCUGUUCCAC